GGGAAUAUGAAGACUGAGAGACUGACUCUGAGCAAAUCCAUGUUUGACUUGUCCAACUCCAGCCCUCACGGCCACAUACAGGUGAGUGAGGAUGUUUAUGUAAGUAUCAAACACCUGUAUUAUUUAACAACCACCUCCGACACAUUCAGUAAUGAUGCCUCUGUAAACAAAAGCCUAAAUCCACCUAUGAGCUGACAUACCUAUUUUUGUCAUUGUGCGUCACCGGUACCUUCCGGGGUUUUCCAUUGACCGUCACUCACCUCUCAGCCUCUAAAAGACGGCGCAAAUCUCUGUUGAUUGUGCUGAAUGAAGUGGUAAUCAAUCACAAUAAUAUGUAGGGUUUGGUUAGGGUUGGUCUGGGUGAGGUCCGCUUAGCUGUAUUAGUAAUAUAAGAGAUAUUGUAUCGUAAUCGCUAGUCAUCAACAAUCCAUCGGUUACCAGGUAUAUAUUGAUAGUGGAUUUGUUAUGAAUACUCGGGACUCGUGUCUCGCCCCAAAACCACGAUAAACAUUACAAUCUAUCGUACAGAACCUCGUGAUAAAUAACGGGAUAGACUUCCGUUUCUGAUAUUACUCCUGGGCUUGCAUCCCAAAUGGGACCCUUUUCUCUAUAUAGUGACCUACGGACCCUGGUCCAAAGUAUAGUGCACUAAAUAGGACAUAGGGUGCCGAGGGGGUUAACCUCCCGAGUGGCGCAGUGGUCUAAGGCACUGCACAUCGCAGCGCUAGCUGUGCCACUAGAGAUCCUGGUUCGAAUCCAGGCUCUGUCGUAGCCGGCCGCGACCGGGAGACCCAUCGGCAGGGAUGUAGAGCAUGGCGUUUGCAAUGCCAGGGUUGUGGGUUCGAUUCCCACGGGGGGGCCAGUAUGAAAAAUAAAAAUAUAAUGUAAGUCGCUCUGGAUAAGAGCGUCUGCUAAAUGACUAAAAUGUAAAAAAAAUUAAAUGGUGCCAUUUGGGACAUUAACUGUACCUGGUUGAAAAUAGCCAGAACUUUGUGAUUUGAUUAUUUGUCUGUGUUGUUAGUUGCUAUCAUGCCUUAUCGGGGGAAGUUUAGCUACUGAGCUGUUUCUGUGUAGUGUAAUAUCGGGGGAAGUUUAGCUACUGAGCUGUUUCUGUGUAGUGUAAUAUCGGGGGAAGUUUAGCUACUGAGCUGUUUCUGUGUAGUGUAAUAUCGGGGGAAGUUUAGCUACUGAGCUGUUUCUGUGUAGUGUAAUAUCGGGGGAUGUUUAGCUACUGAGCUGUUUCUGUGUAGUGUAAUAUCGGGGGAAGUUUAGCUACUGAGCUGUUUCUGUGUAGUGUAAUAUCGGGGGAAGUUUAGCUACUGAGCUGUUUCUGUGUAGUGUAUAUCGGGGGAAGUUUAGUUACUGGAGCUGUUUUCUGUGUAGUGUAUAUCGUGGGAAAUUAGCUACUGAGCUGUUUCUGUGUAGUGUAAAUAUCGGGGGAAGUUUAGCUACUGAGCUGUUUCUGUGUAGUGUAAUAUCGGGGAAGUUUAGCUACUGAGCUGUUUCUGUGUAGUGUAAUAUCGGGGGAAGUUUAGCUACUGAGCUGUUUCUGUGUAGUGUAAUAUCGGGGGAAGUUUAGCUACUGAGCUGUUUCUGUGUAGUGUAAUAUCGGGGGAAGUUUAGCUACUGAGCUGUUUCUGUGUAGUGUAAUAUCGGGGGAAGUUUAGCUACUGAGCUGUUUCUGUGUAGUGUAAUAUCGGGGGAAGUUUAGCUACUGAGCUGUUUCUGUGUAGUGUAAUAUCGGGGGAAGUUUAGCUACUGAGCUGUUUCUGUGUAGUGUAAUAUCGGGGGAAGUUUAGCUACUGAGCUGUUUUCUGUGUAGUGUAAUAUCGGGGGAAGUUUAGCUACUGAGCUGUUUCUGUGUAGUGUAAUAUCGGGGGAAGUUUAGCUACUGAGCUGUUUCUGUGUAGUGUAAUAUCGGGGGAAGUUUAGCUACUGAGCUGUUUCUGUGUAGUGUAAUAUCGGGGGAAGUUUUAGCUACUGAGCUGUUUCUGUGUAGUGUAAUAUCGGGGGAAGUUUAGCUACUGAGCUGUUUCUGUGUAGUGUAAUAUCGGGGGAUGUUUAGCUACUGAGCUGUUUCUGUGUAGUGUAAUAUCGGGGGAAGUUUAGCUACUGAGCUGUUUUCUGUGUAGUGUAAUAUCGGGGGAAGUUUAGCUACUGAGCUGUUUCUGUGUAGUGUAAUAUCGGGGGAAGUUUAGCUACUGAGCUGUUUCUGUGUAGUGUAAUAUCGGGGGAAGUUUAGCUACUGAGCUGUUUCUGUGUAGUGUAAUAUCGGGGGAAGUUUAGCUACGGAGCUGUUUCUGUGUAGUGUAAUAUCGGGGGAAGUUUAGCUACUGAGCUGUUUCUGUGUAGUGUAAUAUCGGGGGAAGUUUAGCUACUGAGCUGUUUCUGUGUAGUGUAAUAUCGGGGGAAGUUUAGCUACUGAGCUGUUUCUGUGUAGUGUAAUAUCGGGGGAAGUUUAGCUACUGAGCUGUUUCUGUGUAGUGUAAUAUCGGGGGGAAGUUUAGCUACUGAGCUGUUUCUGUGUAGUGUAAUAUCGGGGGAAGUUUAGCUACUGAGCUGUUUCUGUGUAGUGUAAUAUCGGGGGAAGUUUAGCUACUGAGCUGUUUCUGUGUAGUGUAAUAUCGGGGGAAGUUUAGUUACUGAGCUGUUUCUGUGUAGUGUAAUAUCGGGGGAAGUUUAGCUACUGAGCUGUUUUCUGUGUAGUGUAAUAUCGGGGGAAGUUUAGCUACUGAGCUGUUUUCUGUGUAGUGUAAUAUCGGGGGAAGUUUAGCUACUGAGCUGUUUCUGUGUAGUGUAAUAUCGGGGGAAGUUUAGUUACUGAGCUGUUUCUGUGUAGUGUAAUAUCGGGGGAAGUUUAGCUACUGAGCUGUUUCUGUGUAGUGUAAUAUCGGGGGAUGUUUAGCUACUGAGCUGUUUCUGUGUAGUGUAAUAUCGGGGGAAGUUUAGCUACUGAGCUGUUUCUGUGUAGUGUAAUAUCGGGGGAAGUUUAGCUACUGAGCUGUUUCUGUGUAGUGUAAUAUCGGGGGAAGUUUAGCUACUGAGCUGUUUCUGUGUAGUGUAAUAUCGGGGGAAGUUUAGCUACUGAGCUGUUUCUGUGUAGUGUAAUAUCGGGGGAAGUUUAGCUACUGAGCUGUUUCUGUGUAGUGUAAUAUCGGGGGAAGUUUAGCUACUGAGCUGUUUCUGUGUAGUGUAAUAUCGGGGGAAGUUUAGCUACGGAGCUGUUUCUGUGUAGUGUAAUAUCGGGGGAAGUUUAGCUACUGAGCUGUUUCUGUGUAGUGUAUUCAUACAUCCUGUUAAUGUCCUGUUGACUUCAUGUCUUGAUGUCACGCAAGGUUGCCUCAUGUGUUUAUCAUGUCUCUGUGUUUGUCCCAAUGUAGCGUUACGACAGUGUGUCCAGUGUCCAGAGCAGCAGUGCGUCGUCCUCCCAGAGGGACUCCCUGGAGAACAGCCGUAGCCUUGGUAACCAUUACACACACGCACACGCACACGCACACACGCACACACACACACACACACACACACACACACACACACACGCGCACACGCACACGCACGCACACACACCACACACACACACACAGUUGUAGCCUUGGUAACCAAUACAAAGGAGACACUAAGCCCUGACUACAGAACAAAGACAACAAUUCACUUACUAACAGACUUUGUUAGAAUUUGUUUUUGUGCUUUUUCUUUUUUUGAGGAAAUAGAAAAGAAAACAGCCCGUAGCCUUGGUAACCAUUACACACAACACACACACACACACAACACACACACACACAACACACACAGCCCCACCAGACCUCCCUGAUUCAGUCAGAUUGAGAUUGUUCUCCUCUGCUCUGUUCUGCUCUGUAUUGUUGAGAAAAUCAUGAAAGGGCAAAUCUGUUGACGUUGGUCGAUCCAGCGUUUAAAUCCUCAGGUAACACUGUGAAUAAGACUAGAUGGGCAGCUUGUCAAACACAAACUGUCAAACACACACAAUGUACAUCAAGUAUUUCACAAUAAGCAGAUGGAAUAUCCAAACGAACAGUCAUGUUCUGUAGCUUAGCUUUAGCCUUAGGCUAACAACAUUGUGUUUUCCAUUGAGCUGACAAGUCUCUGUGUGUCUGUCUUUGUAGAGUCCAUCACGUUGUCUGGGGAUGAGAGGGAACAGAGAGAGUUGGGGAAGGUGUGUGUCCGGCUGAGUUACCAGGAGGCCCUGGAGCAGGUGUGGAUCACGUUGCUACAGGUACGGUUACAGGCCUGGGGGGUGGAGGGGGCUACCCAGGGGACUGAAGGGCCCAUUGUACCUGCCUGCUAGGUGGCUGAAUGGGGCUUCUGUCUCAGACUGUUGGAAACCCAGAAAUUCCAUCUCAAUAUCUCCUCUCUCUCACAAGUCACUGCUCUGUUAACUUCUGAGAGGUUUUUUACUGAGGAGCAAUAAUCACUGCUUUGAGAUGUUUUUUACUGAGGAGAAAUAAUCACUGCUUUGAGAGUUUUUUUUAACUGAGGAUAAAUAAUCACUGCUUUGAGAGGUUAUUUACUGAGGAGAAAUAAUCUCAACGUAGAUACACUAACAAGUAAAUUACUUUCAACCAAAGCAAAAACAAGAGGACAAGUCCUGAGACACUUGGCUAGAAGUCCCUGUAUAAUAAAUACACUAUGAUACCUACUGUAGCCAGACCUCUAUCUCUGUAGCCAGACCUCUAACUCUGUAGCCAGACCUCUAACUCUGUAGCCAGACGACCUCUAACUCUGUAGCCAGACGACCUCUAACUCUGUAGCCAGACCUCUAACUCUGUAGCCAGACCUCUAACUCUGUAGCCAGACCUCUAACUCUGUAGCCAGACCCUCUAACUCUGUAGCCAGACGACCUCUAACUCUGUAGCCAGACCUCUAACUCUGUACCAGACCUCUAACUCUGUAGCCAGUCCUCUAACUCUGUACCAGACGACCUCUAACUCUGUGAGCCAGACGACCUCUAACUCUGUAGCCAACGACCUCUAACUCUGUAGCCAGACCUCUAACUCUGUAGCCAGACGACUCUAACUCUGUAGCCAGACCUCUACUCGGUAGCCAGAACCUCUAACUCUGUAGCCAGUCCUCUAACUCUGUAGCCAGACGACCUCUAACUCUGUAGCCAGUCCUCUAACCUGUAGCCAGACGACCUCUAACUUGUAGCCAGACCUCUAACUCUGUAGCCAGUCCUCUAACUCUGUAGCCAGUCCUCUAACUCUGUAGCCAGACGACCUCUAACUCUGUAGCCAGACCUCUAACUCUGUAGCCAGACCUCUAACUCUGUAGCCAGACCUCUAACUCUGUAGCUAGACGACCUCUAACUCUGUAGCCAGACCUCUAACUCUGUAGCCAGACCUCUAACUCUGUAGCCAGUCCUCUAACUCUGUAGCCAGACCUCUACUCUGUAGCCCAGACCUCUAACUCUGUAGCCAGACGACCUCUAACUCUGUAGGCCAGACCUCUAACUCUGUAGCCAGACGACCUCUAACUCUGUAGCCAGUCCUCUAACUCUGUAGCCAGACACCUCUAACCUGUAAGCCAGACCUCUAACUCUGUAGCCAGACGAUCUCUAACUGUGUAGCCAGACCUCUAACUCUGUAGCCAGACAACCUCUAACUCUGUAGCCAGACAACCUCUAACUCUGUAGCCAGACCUCUAACUCUGUAGCCAGACCUCUAACUCUGUAGCCAGACAACCUCUAACUCUGUAGCCAGACAACCUCUAACUCUGUAGCCAGACCUCUAACUCUGUAGCCAGACCUCUAACUUUGUAGCCAGACCUCUAACUCUGUAGCCAGACCUCUAACUCUGUAGCCAGACGACCUCUAACUCUGUAGCCAGACCUCUAACUCUGUAGCCAGACCUCUAACUCUGUAGCCAGACGACCUCUAACUCUGUAGCCAGUCCUCUAACUCUGUAGCCAGACCUCUAACUCUGUAGCCAGACCUCUAACUCUGUAGCCAGACGACCUCUAACUCUGUAGCCAGUCCUCUAACUCUGUAGCCAGACGACCUCUAACUCUGUAGCCAGACCUCUAACUCUGUAGCCAGACGAUCUCUAACUGUGUAGCCAGACCUCUAACUCUGUAGCCAGACCUCUAACUCUGUAGCCAGACCUCUAACUCUGUAGCCAGACCUCUAACUUUGUAGCCAGACAAACUCUAACUCUGUAGCCAGACAACCUCUAACUCUGUAGCCAGACCUCUAACUCUGUAGCCAGACCUCUAACUCUGUAGCCAGACCUCUAACUUUGUAGCCAGACCUCUAACUCUGUAGCCAGACGAUCCUAACUCUGUAGCCAGACGACCCCUAACUCUGUAGCCAGACCUCUAACUUUGUAGCCAGACAAACUCUAACUCUGUAGCCAGACGAUCCUACCUCUCUAGCCAGACGACCUCUAACUCUGUAGCCAGACAACCUCUAACUCUGUAGCCAGACGAUCUCUAACUCUGUAGCCAGACGAUCCUACCUCUCUAGCCAGACGACCUCUAACUCUGUAGCCAGACGACCUCUAACUCUGUAGCCAGACGAUCUCUAACUCUGUAACCAGAAGACCUCUAACUCUGUAGCCAGACGACCUCUAACUCUGUAGCCAGACGACCUCUAACUUUGUAGCCAGACGACCUCUAACUCUGUAGCCAGACCUCUAACUUUGUAGCCAGACAAACUCUAACUCUCUAGCCAGACGACCUCUAACUCUGUAGCCAGACAACCUCUAACUCUGUAGCCAGACGAUCUCUAACUCUGUAACCAGAAGACCUCUAACUCUGUAGCCAGACGACCUCUAACUCUGUAGCCAGACGACCUCUAACUCUGUAGCCAGUCCUCUAACUCUGUAGCCAGACCUCUAACUCUGUAGCCAGACGACCUCUAACUCUGUAGCCAGACCUCUAACUCUGUAGCCAGACGACCUCUAACUCUGUAGCCAGACGACCUCUAACUCUGUAGCCAGACGACCUCUAACUCUGUAGCCAGACCUCUAACUUUGUAGCCAGUCCUCUAACUCUGUAGCCAGACCUCCAACUCUGUAGCCAGACCUCUAACUCUGUAGCCAGACCUCUAACUCUGUAGCCAGACCUCUAACUCUGUAGCCAGACCUCUAACUCUGUAGCCAGACGACCCCUAACUCUGUAGCCACACCUCCAACUCUGUAGCCAGACAAACUCUAACUCUGCAGCCAGACGACCUCUAACUCUGUAGCCAGACCUCUAAUUCUGUAGCCAGACGACCUCUAACUCUGUAGCCAGACGAUCCUAACUCUCUAGCCAGACGACCUCUAACUCUGUAGCCAGACGACCUCUAACUCUGUAGCCAGACGACCUCUAACUCUGUAGCCAGACGACCUCUAACUCUGUAGCCAGACGACCUCUAACUCUGUAGCCAGACGACCUCUAACUCUGUAGCCAGACGACCUCUAACUCUGCAGCCAGACGACCUCUAACUCUGUAGCCAGACCUCUAACUCUGCAGCCAGACGACCUCUAACUCUGUAGCCAGAUGACCUCUAACUCUGUAGCCAGACCUCUAACUCUGUAGCCAGACCUCUAACUCUGUAGCCAGACCUCUAACUCUGUAGCCAGACCUCUAACUCUGUAGCCAGACCUCUAACUCUGUAGCCAGACCUCUAACUUUGUAGCCAGACCUCUAACUCUGUAGCCAGACCUCUAACUCUGUAGCCAGACCUCUAACUCUGUAGCCAGACGACAUCUAACUCUGCAGCCAGACGACCUCUAACUCUGUAGCCAGACGAUCUCUAACUGUGUAGCCAGACGAUCUCUAACUCUGUAGCCAGACGACCUCUAACUCUGUAGCCAGACCUCUAACUCUGUAGCCAGACCUCUAACUCUGUAGCCAGACGACAUCUAACUCUGUAGCCAGACGACAUCUAACUCUGUAGCCAGACGACCUCUAACUCUGUAGCCAGACGACCUCUAACUCUGUAGCCAGACGACCUCUAACUUUGUAGCCAGACCUCUAACUCUGUAGCAAGACCUCUAACUUUGUAGCCAGACAUCCAACUCUGUAGCCACACCUCUAACUCUGUAGCCAGACCUCUAACUCUGUAGCCAGACGAUCUCUAACUGUGUAGCCAGACGAUCUCUAACUCUGUAGCCAGACGACCUCUAACUCUGUAGCCAGACCUCUAACUCUGUAGCCAGACCUCUAACUCUGUAGCCAGACGACAUCUAACUCUGCAGCCAGACGACCUCUAACUCUGUAGCCAGACGAUCUCUAACUGUGUAGCCAGACGAUCUCUAACUCUGUAGCCAGACGACCUCUAACUCUGUAGCCAGACCUCUAACUCUGUAGCCAGACCUCUAACUCUGUAGCCAGACGACAUCUAACUCUGUAGCCAGACGACAUCUAACUCUGUAGCCAGACGACCUCUAACUCUGUAGCCAGACGACCUCUAACUCUGUAGCCAGACGACCUCUAACUUUGUAGCCAGACCUCUAACUCUGUAGCAAGACCUCUAACUUUGUAGCCAGACAUCCAACUCUGUAGCCACACCUCUAACUCUGUAGCCAGACGAUCUCUAACUGUGUAGCCAGACGAUCUCUAACUCUGUAGCCAGACGACCUCUAACUCUGUAGCCAGACCUCUAACUCUGUAGCAAGACCUCUAACUUUGUAGCCAGACCUCUAACUCUGUAGCCAGACCUCUAACUUUGUAGCCAGACAAACUCUAACUCUGUAGCCAGACGAUCCUAACUCUCUAGCCAGACGACCUCUAACUCUGUAGCCAGACAACCUCUAACUCUGUAGCCAGACGAUCUCUAACUCUGUAACCAGAAGACCUCUAACUCUGUAGCCAGACAAUCUCUAACUCUGUAGCCAGACCUCUAACUCUGUAGCCAGAAGACCUCUAACUCUGUAGCCAGACGACCUCUAACUCUGUAGCCAGACGACCUCUAACUCUGUAGCCAGACGACCUCUAACUCUGUAGCCAGACGACCUCUAACUCUGUAGCCAGACGACCUCUAACUCUGUAGCCAGACGACCUCUAACUCUGUAGCCAGACGACCUCUAACUCUGUAGCCAGACGACCUCUAACUCUGUAGCCAGACCUCUAACUCUGUAGCCAGACGACCUCUAACUCUGUAGCCAGACAUCCAACUCUGUAGCCAGACAACCUCUAACUCUGUAGCCAGACCUCUAACUCUGUAGCCAGACGACCUCUAACUCUGUAGCCAGACGACCUCUAACUCUGUAGCCAGACGACCUCUAACUCUGUAGCCAGACCUCUAACUCUGUAGCCAGACCACUAACUUUGUAGCCAGACGACUUCUAACUCUGUAGCCAGACGACCUCUAACUCUGUAGCCAGACGACCUCUAACUCUGUAGCCAGACGACCUCUAACUCUGUAGCCAGACGACCUCUAACCCUGUAGCCAGACGAUCUCUAACUCUGUAGCCAGACGAUCUCUAACUCUGUAGCCAGACGACUUCUAACUCUGUAGCCAGACGACCUCUAACUCUGUAGCCACACCUCCAACUCUGUAGCCACACCUCCAACUCUGUAGCCACACCUCCAACUCUGUAGCCACACCUCCAACUCUGUAGCCACACCUCUAACUCUUCUUCCUCUCCUCUCAGUGUAAGGAUGUGUACCUCGCUCAGGACAGCAGCGAGCAGCAGAAGAUUGGCUUUAAAGGCAUCAUCACUAUGACCAAACCAGUACAGUUCAAGAGCUCCGUCAAGGAAGGCUCUCCGGUAAGUUAUUUAGCGCAUCCCAACCCCAUGUUAGCCUGGUACCAGAUCUGUUUGCGCUGUCUUGCUAACUCAUAUGGUCAGUGAUGUAGGAAAGACAACACAAACGGUUCUGGCACCAGGCUAACCCCAUUUACUGUACAAUGCUAUGUCUCCAAUCACAUCUAAGAUAGACUAGCAUUAGCCUGGUCCCAGAUCUGUUUGUGCAUGACAACCACCAUAGGAGUUGGCUAUAUGCCUACAACUCAAACAGAUCUGGGACCAGGAUAGUCUAGCAUUUCCUCACCUAUCAUAAUUCCAUGCGGAGCGUUCGAAAAUAAACAAAUUCAUUGGAACAGCGCCGGAGCAAAAAUGACUGGAAGUGAAUGUUAGCAGUACAAAAAGUUUUGUCAUCCAAGUGGAAAAUAAAUGUAAUCGUAGCGGCAGGUAGCUUAGUGGUUAAGAGCGUUGUGCCAGUAAACGAAAGGUCGCUGGUUCUAAUCCCUGAGCCGACUAGGUGAAAAAUCUGUCGAUGUGCCCUUGAGCAAGGCACUUAACCCUAAUUGCUCCUGUAAGUCACUCUGGAUAAGAGCGUCUGCUAAAUGACUUAAAUGUAAAAUGAAUUUCAGCUAACUGCUAAGCAUACACAGAAUAAUAACUGUUUACUGUCAUUCUACAACCACGUUAUGACCUGAUGUCCAGACCGCUGGUCACGGUUUCAAUGCUAAUCCUCUAGAAUCAGCAACAGCGCUGGUGGUCCAAUGAAUGUGUUUAUUUUCCGAACACUUCUGCAUGGAAUUAUUACGUCGUCUUAACCUUCUCUGUAUUCGACCUUCGACCUACCUAAAACACUGAACCACUGACGAUCAGUUACCUAAUAGCUUCACAUCCAAGUAGCAGUUCUCGCUGCCAGCAUCCUCACGUCUUAGACAUUGGGCUUCUGUUUGAUAGAGAGGAAAUGUCUGUUUGGGAGAGAUAUAAAGGUAAUUCUCUCUGGCAGCUAAUGUCCUACUAGUCUGAGUGGAGUACCAUCCUAAUCUACCAGAUACUAGUCUGAGCGGAGUACCAUCCUAAUCUACCAGAUACUAGUCUGAGCGGAGUACCAUCCUAAUCUACCAGAUACUAGUCUGAGCGGAGUACCAUCCUAAUCUACCAGGUACUAGUCUGAGUGGAGUACCAUCCUAAUCUACCAGAUACUAGUCUGAGCGGAGUACCAUCCUAAUCUACCAGAUACUAGUCUGAGCGGAGUACCAUCCUAAUCUACCAGAUACUAGUCUGAGCGGAGUACCAUCCUAAUCUACCAGAUACUAGUCUGAGCGGAGUACCAUCCUAAUCUACCAGAUACUAGUCUGAGUGGAGUACCAUCCUAAUCUACCAGAUACUAGUCUGAGUGGAGUACCAUCCUAAUCUACCAGAUACUAGUCUGAGUGGAGUACCAUCCUAAUCUACCAGAUACUAGUCUGAGUGGAGUACCAUCCUAAUCUACCAGAUACUAGUCUGAGCGGAGUACCAUCCUAAUCUACCAGAUACUAGUCUGAGCGAGUACCAUCCUAAUCUACCAGAUACUAGUCUGAGCGGAGUACCAUCCUAAUCUACCAGAUACUAGUCUGAGUGGAGUACCAUCCUAAUCUCCAGAUACUGUCUGAGAGUACCACCUAAUCUACCAGAUACUAGUCUGAGUGGAGUACCAUCCUAAUCUACCAGAUACUAGUCUGAGUGGAGUACCAUCCUAAUCUACCAGAUACUAGUCUGAGUGGAGUACCAUCCUAAUCUACCAGAUACUAGUCUGAGCGGAGUACCAUCCUAAUCUACCAGAUACUAGUCUGAGCGGAGUACCAUCCUAAUCUACCAGAUACUAGUCUGAGCGGAGUACCAUCCUAAUCUACCAGAUACUAGUCUGAGUGGAGUACCAUCCUAAUCUACCAGAUACUAGUCUGAGUGGAGUACCAUCCUAAUCUACCAGAUACUAGUCUGAGUGGAGUACCAUCCUAAUCUACCAGAUACUAGUCUGAGCGGAGUACCAUCCUAAUCUACCAGAUACUAGUCUGAGUGGAGUACCAUCCUAAUCUACCAGAUACUAGUCUGAGCGGAGUACCAUCCUAAUCUACCAGAUACUAGUCUGAGCGGAGUACCAUCCUAAUCUACCAGAUACUAGUCUGAGUGGAGUACCAUCCUAAUCUACCAGAUACUAGUCUGAGUGGAGUACCAUCCUAAUCUACCAGAUACUAGUCUGAGUGGAGUACCAUCCUAAUCUAACCAGAUACUAGUCAGAGUGGAGUACCAUCCUAAUCUUCUAUCUCUGCUCCCUCCCUCCCUGCCUCCCUCCCUCCCUCCAUUCCUCCCUCCCUCCCUCCCUCCCUCCCUCCCUCCCUCCCUCCCUCCUCCCUCCCUCCCUCCCUGCCUCCCGUCCUCCCUCCCUCCCUCCCUCCCUGCCUCCCUCCCUCCCUCCCUCCCUCCCUCCCUCCCUCCCUGCCUCCCUCCCUCCCUCCCUCCCUCCCUCCCCUGCCUCCCUCCCUCCCCUCCCUCCCUCCCUCCCUCCCUCCCUCCCUCCCUCCCUCCCUCCCUCCCCUCCCUCCCUCCCUGCCCUCCAUCCCUCCCCUCCCUCCCUCCCUCCCUCCCUCCCUCCUAGGACACAGUCUUCAUGGAGACCUUUGUGUUUGCGUUGCGGCUGCAACAGCUGCGUUGCAGUGCUCUGGUCCUCCGGCUGCAGACCCACCACCCCAGGAAGAGGACGGUGGCAGAGUGUGUCCUCUCCCUCAGACAGCUGGGCCCUGAGGAGACACAGCACUGGAUGGAGCUCAGCCCCCCCUCCAAGACCCCUGUGAGUGUAUAGAGUUAUACAGCAUAGAAAUAGAAUGACUAGAAAGUACAUUCCAACUCAGUGGCCUUGUGGUUAGAGCGUCCGCCCUGAGAUUGAAACUUUGUGGAGUUGGAAUCCCAGGCGGAGUCAUACCAAACCGUGUAAAAAUGGGACCCAAUGCGUCUUUGCUUGGCACUCAGCAUUAAAGAGAUGGAUUGGUAAGGCCCAGCGAUAGACUAGCGUCCUGUCCAGAGGGUGUACUCGUACAUCAAGCUGCCUCACGCUACAGAAACAGGAGAUAGACUCCUCCCCCUAUGAGCCAUUCUUACUUACUUUAGAAUGUACAUUCCUAGCCAACUGACCUCUGUGGGGAUGGGGUUAUGACCUCGUUGAGAAUGGGGCCGUCUUCAUUAGGGUACCGUAGCAAAAUGUAAAAUGAAAAUGAAUGUUUGUUAUUGGGCAAGGUCAGAGAGUACCUCCCCCGAGUGAUUUCUCAGUGUUUGUCUUCGCGGAGGGUGGCUAUUGAAAUUUAGUCUGUUAGUUUUGUUAAUAAAUAUAUAUUUAGUCCCUAUUUUGUUUUGUAUUCUGCGGAUUUCAUUGAGAAAAAGCCCAUGUUUUCACUUACGAGCCUGCAGCCACUAGUUAGCUUGUCAGUUGACGUUCAAAGUUAGCGCCAUUUUGCCUCGGAGUAGUGACAGAGUUCUAUUGAGCAGUGACCACUUGUUGAUCAUGUCUGUGAUGACAUUCCAUCCACUCUCAUGCUACAUUCUCAGAAUAAAACGUCUAACUUUUGAAUCAUACAUGGUAGAGACAUGGGGUUUGGACCAUUUGUUUUUCUGAUGUAAUUCUCUAUUGAAUGGACGUAUUUGUAUAAACCUUGAAUGAAUUAAUAUUUUUGUUGGUGAACAACACCCUGUCAUCUGGGAGUAUUCUUCUGAGCACUACCCUGUCCUCUGGGAGUAUCGUUCUGAACACUACCCUGUCCUCUGGGAGUAUCCUUCUGAGCACUACCCUGUUCUCUGGGAGUAUCCUUCUGAACACUACCCUGUCCUCUGGGAGUAUCCUUCUGAGCACUACCCUGUGCUCCAACCUGGUCUCAGAGUAUUUUGUAUUAUUCUGUAUGGAACUCCGAGACACCUCAAUUAGUAUGAUAUGUUAUGUUUCGUAUGGUAUCAAUUUGUGGAUGUCCAUCUUCCAUUUUGUACGAUAUGUUAUGAAUUAGCAAAAUGUAUGAUAUGUUACGAAUUCCAAUUUGUUGUGGCUAACGUUAGCUAGAGGCUAGCUGGCUAAUGUUAGCUAAGCUAGGGGUUAGGGGUUAAGGUUAGGGUUAAGGUUAGGAGUUAGGUUAAAGGGUUAGGGGAAGAGUUAGCUAACAUGCUAAGUAGUUGCAAAGUAGCUAAAAAUGGGUUGCUAGACGUUCGCAUUAUACACCCACCCAUCCACCCCGACCAACCACCCUCCUUUCUUUUUUGGCUUAAGUAACCUCCUGUCUUAUGUAACUGUACCAAACAUAACAUAUCAUACUAAUUUGGGUGUCCCCUGGAUUUACAUUUACACUCUGUCCUCUGGGAGUAUCCCUCUGAACACCACCCUGUCCUCUGGGAGUAUCCCUCUGAACACCACCCUGUCCUCUGGGAGUAUCCCUCUGAACACUAACCCUGUCCCCUGGAGUAUCUCUGAACACACCUGCCCUUUGGGAGUUCCUCUAUACCACCUGUCCUCUGGGAGUAUCCUCUGAACACACCCUGUCCUCUGGGAGUAUCCCUCUGAACACUACCCUGUCCUCUGGGAGUAUCCUCUGAAGCCCCUACCCGUCCUCUGGGAGUAUCCUCUGAACACUCUACCUUGGGCCCCUCUCAACCUGUCCUCUGGAGUAUCUUGAUAUUCCCCUGUAUUUAACCCCCCUCCGGAGACCCUCAACAGUAUACUGUUUGAUGUUUCCUUAAGACCAAUGUUUGGGAGUCCCUCUUACCACCUUGUACCUCUGGAUAUCCUUGCAAACAUGUUCUGGAGUAUCCUCUGAAUUCCAUUUGUGGGGUAUCGUUGCUAGAAGCAUCUGUCCUGAAUCUUGCAACACUCUGCCUCUGGGUAGUAUCCCUUAAGUAGGAGUAUGUUAAGUUAGGGAAAGAGUUCUAACCACCCUGUCGUUGGGAGUACCCCUAAAAACCUGUCUUUGGGGAGUACUCGCUCUAACACACCACCCGUCCUCCGACCCUCCAACACUCCUUCCUGGGCUAGUACCUCUGACUACCUGUCACUGUACCCACUAACACUACUCAGUUUGAGUAUCCCUCGAACACUUACCAUGUCUCUGGGAGUAUCCUCUGAGCACCAGGCCCUGUCCCUGGGAGUAUCCCUCUGAACACCACUCUGUCCUCUGGGAGUAUCCCUCUGAACACCACCCUGUCCUCUGGGAGUAUCCCUCUGAACACCACCGACCUCUGGGAGUAUCCCUCUGAACACCACCCUGUCCUCUGGGAGUAUCCCUCUGAACACCACUCCCUGUCCUCUGGGAGUAUCCCUCUGAACACCACCCUGUCCUCUGGGAGUAUCCCUCUGAACACCACCCUGUCCUCUGGGAGUAUCCCUCUGAACACCACCCUGUCCUCUGGGAGUAUCCCUCUGAACACUACUCAGUCCCUGGAGUAUCCCUCUGAACACCACCCUGUCCUCUGGGAGUAUCCCUCUGAACACCACCCUGUACUCUGGGAGUAUCCCUCUGAACACUACUCAGUCCCUGGGAGUAUCGUCCUGGCCCCAGCUGUUCCUUUCUUUCUCCCAUGUACUUCCCAACUGUGACGCACUGGCUUAUUUGCAGUUUCUUAAGUCGCCCAACCGAGCCCUUAGAUAACACAGGCCUUAGACAGAGUCAUACCUAAGAGCUUUCCUUUUUGUUGUAUCCUUGUUUCUGAAAUAGACUAACCUGUUAUAUGAAGAGUGUGUAUUUGAAACAGUGGAUGCAAUAAAAAUGCAUCUUUAGAAAAAGCUUUUGUGGGCUUAUUAUGUGGAGAGUGUAAAUGUAAUGUAAAUGAGAGUUGUUGAUGGAGGUUAUAGGCAGUAGCACUGUAAGGAAGGUGAUUUAGAAACGGUUAGAAACAAUUGAUGCAAUAAUAUUAUUUAGAAGUAGCCUUGUGUAAUAAUGUGAAAGGUUUAGAAUGGACAUUAGAGGCAUCUGAUGUACAGAUGUAGUAUCUUAACUUGAGCCAGUUAAUUUGAGCUGCAGCAAGAAAAAAUGUGAAUUAUUAUGUGGAUUAUAAUUAAUUGACUUUUUUGUAUGGGGUUGAUACAAAUUACAAACUUCAGAAACCUUUUUAAACCUCAAAAAAUACACUACAAGUUUUACAUUUCCUGCAUUGCAGGACAUUUCUCCUGCAAAAGGGUGAUCAAAUUAAGAUCCUACACCGGUGUAUACACAGUCCAGGAAGUUUAAGAAAGGUUAUUGACUGUACUUACCGUAACAGGAAAUGUCCUUGUACAUAUUCUUGUUGUCAUGCCUCAACAUGUCCGUCUUGUGGCAGAAAUGGGUCAGUGGUCCAGUGGCUGGCCUCUGAAAGGAGAAGCAGGAGAACUGGGUCACUUGGACCAUUACACGCUGUUGGUCCUUACAAUGGUAAUGUCAUGCUAAUGUUAUGAAAGAGCCCACUCUCUGUAGCAUCAUUGGUUGCGUAUCAAAUGGCUCCCUAUUCGCUAUUAAUAAAUAAAUAAAAUAUCCCAAUGCCCCAGGGCAGUGAUUGGGGACAUUGCCCUGUGUAGGGUGCCGUCUUUCGGAUGGGACGUUAAACUGGUGACCUGACUCUCUGUGGUCACUAAAGAUCCCAUGGUGGCUUCCAAUUGGCUCAUUCAUCCCCCCCUCCUCUCCCCUGUAACUAUUCCUCAGGUCGUUGCUGUAAAUGAGAACGCGUUCUCAGUCAACAUACCUGUUAAAAUAAAGGUAAAAUAAAAUGAAAUUUAGUGCAGUACUUUUGAUCAGAGCCCUAUGGAACCUGGUCAACGGUACUGCAGUAAAUAGGGAACUAAGCUUUGUACUUGUGAAUCAAUUUAUGAUUGUGUUUAAAGACUAUGAUUAAAUAAAUAAUGGGGAUGUUCUGGGGAUGCAUACGGUUACGAUUCUGCAAAAUGUUGUGAUAACACAUGUUUACAGGACAUAUACAGUGAGCUCCAAAAGUAUUGGGGACAGUGACACAUUUGUUGUUAUUUUGGCUCUGUACUCCAGCACUUUGGAUUUGAAAUGAUACAAAUGAGGUUAACGUGCAGACCGUCAGAUUUAAUUUGAGAGUAUUUCCAUCCAUAUUGGGUGAACCGUUUAGAAAUUACAGCACUUUUUGUCCGAAGUCCCCCCAUUUUAAGGGACUAAAAGUAUUGGGACAAAUUCACUUAUAUGUGUAUUAAAGUAGUCAAAAGUUAAGUAUUUUGUCCCAUAUUAACAGCACGCAAUGAUUACAUUAAGCUUGUGACUCUACAAAUGUGUUGUAAACAUUUGCUGUUGUUUUGGUUGUGUUUCAGAUUAUUUUCUGCCCAAUAGAAAUGAAUGGUAAAUAAUGUAUUGUCAUUUUGGAGUCACUUUUAUUGUAGAUAAGAAUAUAAUAUGUUUCUAAACACUUCUACAUUAAAUGUGGAUGCUACCAUGAUUACGGAUAGUCCUGAAUGAAUCGUGAAUAAUGGUGAGUGAGAAAAUUACAGACAGAAAACGACACUGUUCUGUUUCUGCGGUCCAGAAGUCAGACAAAUCAUCAUUGUGCUCUCUCAGAAAAGAGACAUCCAAUUUUUCCUAGAAAACAAGCACAUGUUGUUAGACCAUAUCAUUUAGUCUACCACUUUAAGGUACACAUAAACAGCACAAACAAGAACAGAACAUACAAUUCCUUUCGGUUAACUCACAAAAACGCCAACAAAACAGAUGGUGGAAUUUUCACUAUCUUCUUCAAAUUUGUACUCCUUCAAACCAAUCCAGGUUACACACAGAAGCAAUAAGUACUUUAUCUACCUAGUCUCACGUUACCAUUCCUCCAAAUCACGUUGUUGUCACGCUGCUACCUAGUCUCACGUUACCAUUCCUCCAAAUCACGUUGUUACGCUGUUACCUAGUCUCACGUUACCAUACCUCCAAAUCACGUUGUUGUCACGCUGCUACCUAGUCUCACGUUACCAUUCCUCCAAAUCACGUUGUUGUCACGCUGCUACCUAGUCUCACGUUACCAUUCCUCCAAAUCACGUUGUUGUCACGCUGCUACCUAGUCUCACGUUACCAUACCUCCAAAUCACGUUGUCUCACUGCUACCUAGUCUCGCGUUACCAUACCUCAAAAUCACAUUGUUGUCACGCAGCAUUAGCUGCCUAACCAAGUACAGGCAUUUGGGAUGGCACCAGUGUGUUUCCAUUUGGGAUGGCACCAGUGUGUUUCCAUUGGGAUGGCACCAGUGUGUUUCCAUUUGGGAUGGCACCAGUGUGUUUCCAUUUGGGAUGGCACCAGUGUGUUUCCAUUUGGGAUGGCACCAGUGUGUUUAGCAAUAUUACAUUUUUAGUCAUUUAGCAGACGCUCUUAUCCAGAGCGACUUACAGUUAGUGAGUGCAUACAUUUUCAUACUGGCCCCCUGUGGAACGACCACAACCCUGGCGUUGCAAGCGCCAUGCUCUACCAACUGAGCUACAGGGGACUUAUGAAGUUGUUGAGGUUGUUGGUAGGAAAUGUUUCCCGUCUCCAGUGUCUGAUGUUCUCCUCCUCUUCCUCUGUCUCCAGUGUCUGAUGUUCUCCUCCUCUUCCUCUGUCUCCAGUGUCUGAUGUUCUCCUCUUCUCCUGUCUCCAGUGUCUGAUGUUCUCCUCUUCCUCCGUCUCCGGUGUCUGAUGUUCUCCUCUUCCUCCGUCUCCGGUGUCUGAUGUUCUCCUCUUCCUCCGUCUCCGGUGUCUGAUGUUCUCCUCUACUUCCUCCCUGUUUCUCCAGGUGUGUCAUGCUGAGCUGCACCUGGCCACCUGUUUCCAACCUGUUAACGGAUGCAUCCAACUGCAGGUCCUCGCUGCCCAGAACCUCCCAGCUCCACUCAGGCAGGGUAGGUGUCUACUCCACCUGACCAGACCUGGGUUCAAAAUAUUAUUAGAAAAAAUGUAGCUGUGAUCGAUUGAACCAACCCUGGCCACCACCAGGCACUCCGGGCAGGCUACAGCAGCAAUGUUUUUGAAAGAUUUCAAAUAGUAUUUGAACCCAGGUCUGGAUCUGACCACCAAACACCAUUCACUUACGUCAUUCUUUGAAACAUUUGAAAUUCUUUGAAUGAAGAGUAGUCUAGAGUGGGCAUCCUUACAAAUCCCGUCUGGUACAUGAGAAGCCUGGGCAUGCGAGGCUAAUGAGUAGCCAUUUUGUUUGUGUGUGUCCCCCCCCUCCCAGCGUUCUUUGUGAAGAUAGAGAUGCAGCAGCUGGGCACGGUGGUGAUGGAGAAGAAGACUCAUGCCCUGAAGUCCUCCGGAGGUCAGCUGACCUGGACCGAGUCUUUCUACUUCCCCUUAGCUCAGGACCAGAGCUUCCUGCUGUCAGUCAAACUCUACAGCCGCCGCUCUGUCAGACGGAAACGCUACCUCGGACAGGUGAUAAUGGCUUAACGUAUCUGUGUGACUGUUUGUUGUUGUUGUUUGUUGUUGUUGUACUACUCAAUAAUUACUAACUCAGGUUGCCACUAUCCAUGUUCUCUGCCUAUCUUUACUAACUCAGGUUGCCACUAUCCAUGUUCUCUGCCUAUCUUUACUAACUCAGGUUGCCACUAUCCAUGUUCUCUGCCUAUCUUUACUAACUCAGGUUGCCACUAUCCAUGUUCUCUGCCUAUCUUUACUAACUCAGGUUGCCACUAUCCAUGUUCUCUGCCUAUCUCGCUGUCACACACACAAUUAACCACGUGGAACGUUUGCGUUCUAAGAUUAGGCCUGUUACAUAACUUUCAUAACUGCUUCUGCAGGUUCACCUUGGCUUUGACAGCCCAACGCAGGAAGCAGCAGAGCAGUGGAGGGACAGCAUGUCUCACCCUGAGAAGGUGAUUGCUGUAUGGCACAGACUCAACGGGUCCUGA